GCACAUGAUCAUCGGGCAAUAUGAUAGUAGUAGGAAUGUUGCAAAAAGCAGUUCUCUCUUGGCCUCAGGCAACGUGAACGUGACAUGAUAUACCACAGAAACCUCGCCAUUGCCUUAUAACUACGCACUUAGUGAGUACUAGCAAUGUCUAGAUCACGGGACUGGAACCAAUUGAAGGGAACGACCCAAAUUUACUACUUCAAUACUUUGUAUUUACUGCCGCUAGUAGUAUAUACCAUGGUUCCAUGUAUUGCUGCAUUUUUAUUCCGCGGUUCCCGGUCUCUCACAUCCUCGUCUUCUUCCUCUUUCUUCAUCCUUUUCUUUUUUUCCAACAUAUAGACGCAAUGACCAUGUAAUAUAGAACCAAUAGAUAUGGACUGAGAA